UAAAAAAAAAUAACCUAGAAAUAGUAGAACUAGUAGAAGUUGAAAGCUCUAAGCUAGAAUUUAUUUGGAAUGUGAAUUUAUGUUUAUCAUUAACAAUAUUUUGUUGUUGUGUUUGAUUAGUGGUUAAAAAUAUGUUACCAAUCUUUACAAGAAAUUCCGUCAGUAAGAUUUCAAAAUCAUGCAAAGUUUUGAGGUUCUCUAGUGCAGUACCAAAAACCGAAAAUGAGCUGAGUCGAUUGAAAAGAGAAAAAUUAAAAAAGGAAAUUUCGGAAUUUCGAUAUGUAUAUCCCGAAUUUUUACCAGAUCCAAAAGUUGAGUUUAGGAAUCAAAUUAGAGAAAAACUGGAAAGAAGUGAUAUGAUAGCCAGAAGGACUCAGGUUGAUAUUCCAGAAUUUUAUGUUGGUUCUAUAUUAGCAGUUACAUCUUCAGAUAAACAUAACCCAGGAAAAUCUCAUCGCUUUGUUGGAAUUUGUAUAUAUCGUGGUGGUUGUGGACUUAGAGCAAACUUUAUCUUACGAAAUGUUAUAGACCACCAGGGAAUAGAAGUUAUGUAUGAAAUGUACGAUCCUUCACUACAGAAAGUUGAAAUUUUAAGAUUAGAAAAACGUUUAGACGAUGAAUUAUUCUAUUUAAGGGAUGCUUUACCAGAGUAUAGUACUUUUGAUCCCAAUAUGGAAGCAGAACUUAUACCAGAAGGAUCUUUAGUACCAGUAAAUCCUAUCAAAGUGAAACUUAAGCCUAAACCAUGGCUGGAAAGGUGGGAAAGGAAAAAUUUGCAAGGGGUACAGGAUUUGGAGUUACCUGAGAAAUUCUAUAAAAGAGCUGCUGAACUUGCUAAGCCUUGGGAGAAAUAUGACCUUAUGAAAGAAUAUAUGAGGACAAUUCCAGAGGAAGAACAAACAGAAAUAUUUAGUGAAAUUCAGUCGAAAUUACAGAAAUUGGAUGUGGAUAGGAAAAAAUCAAAGAGGAAAAGGGUAUUUGUAAAACCAACUAAACUGGCAUAAUAACGAUCCUUAUAAUUGUCCAAAAAUAAACUGUUAAUAAAGAAGCUAA